GGGGCAAAGAGCAGGAGGAGGCGGGCGGGCAGGGGGCGCUCCAUCGCGGCGUGUCUUGGGGGCGGCCGGCGGCACCAUGGUGGACAGCAUCUACCGGACCCGCUCGCUGGGCGUGGCGGCCGAGGGGCUGCCGGACCAGUAUGCCGACGGCAAAGCGGCGCGUGUCUGGCAGCUCUACAUCGGCGACACGAGGAGCCGCACGGCCGAGUACAAGAACUGGCUGGUGGGGCUGCUGCGGGACCUGCGUUGCAAGACGGUGCUCGACGUGGCCUGCGGGACCGGAGUGGACUCCAUCAUGCUCGUUGAGGAAGGGUUCACUGUUACCAGCGUGGAUGCCAGUGACAAGAUGCUCAAAUAUGCUCUGAAGGAGCGGUGGAAUCGUCGGAAAGAAGACCCUUUUGACAACUGGGUCAUUGAAGAAGCCAACUGGCUCACCCUGGCACAGGAUCUGCAGAAGCCUGAUGAUGGUUUUGAUGCUGUCAUCUGCCUCGGGAAUUCCUUUGCGCAUCUCCCGGACUUCAAAGGUGACCAAAGUGCUCAUAAACAGGCUCUUAAAAAUAUUGCCAGUAUGGUACGUCCCGGCGGCAUCCUUGUCAUUGAUCACCGUAACUAUGACUACAUCCUGGAAACAGGCUGCGCCCCUCCAGGGAAGAACAUCUACUACAAGAGUGACUUAACUAAGAACAUCACCACAUCUGUACUCCUUGUGAACAACAAACCGAGUAUGGUGACACUGGACUACACAGUGCAGGUGCCUCCUGAAGGGAAUGACGGGAGCCCAGAACUGAGUCAGUUCCGUCUCUCAUACUACCCUCACCGCUUGGAGCCCUUCACAGAACUUCUGAAAAAUGCACUACAAGGCCAGUGUGAACACAGUGUCCUGGGGGACUUCAAACCUUACAAGCCAGGCCAGGAAUAUACACCAUGCUACUUCAUUCAUGUGGUGAAGAAAACUGGCUGAGAAUUGCACAAGAGAAUGCUCUGACCAGCUUCUGGAGCCUCUUGUCCAUGUUUGGAGUGGCCACUUCCUACUCCAACAGUGCAGCAAACCAAGUUUAAAUGAUAAUGAAUGUGUAUAGAAGAUGCUUGAACCAGAAAAGGGAAAACUGGAAAGGUAUUUCCUCCUCCACCUCUCCCCGCUCCCUACCCCUGCCAAGGAACCAAUGUAAUGAAUCUGUUUUAGGACUAGAGGAGCUGUUUCUUAAUCAGUAACCUCUGAGAGAAAGAGGUGGGGAUGAUUUGCAUCUGAAUUUUAUGCAGUUUUGUUACUGGUUAAACUGUAUUUUGCUGUCCUUGGUGCCGCCUUCUUUUUUUCUUUUUCUUCUUUGCUGCUGUUUCUUAGGUUGCAUGGAUAAUGUGCUGCUAAAUGUGGAUGGGUGUGUUUUAUCUGGGGACAGAAGAUGUGGGGACAAGAAUUAUAUUGGCUCUCUGAAAUCUGUGGAUUAAAUAGUCUUCUGCCUAGUUAGGAAUCUCUUCUGUAGCCCCGAUUCACUUUGAUGGUGGUUUGUUUAUGAGAAUGUAUUGGUGGUAUUAGUGUGAUGCAUAUAUUUCUGCAUGUCAUAUUUGUUUGGUUUUUUAGGGUUAGGCCUCUUUGACAACAAAGCAAAUUCAGUUUAUUUUUUCUAGUGCUCCAUAAAUGUAGUAAUCUAAGGCUUGUUUCACAUUAGCUGUUGACAAAUCCGAACACAAUAGAGCAUAUUCUUUGAAUGCAGAAAAUCUCAGGUUUAAUCCCUAGCAUUGCCAGAUAAAGGAUGUCAGGUAGUAAGUGAUGAGAAAGACUUUUUUCUGUGACACCCUGGAGAACUACUCCCAGUCAGAGUGGACAGCAGCUGAGUGAGGCAGACUGAUGAGCUGCCUUAGUAUAAGACAGCUUCUAAAGCCACUCAUCCUGUGACAGAAAGUUGGGAGAAGCUCUUCUAACCACAGGGAUGAUUUCUACAAGCCUUGGCUGAGAAGGGAAAGUGAACACAAAGAUAAUUAGGAAUUUUAAUUUUUGUUCUCUUUAAAUAUUUUAACUCCAAUAACUCAUUUCUGUCUUCACCUUCUUUAGUUCCUAUGGGGUUAAAUGGAUGUCCUCCUUUCCACCCAAGAUGGCUGGGUGAAGGAACCACUAGAGGAAGGGGCAGGAGGGAGAACCUCUUGAGGGAGAAGUCAAGUUUGCCGCAUUGUGAUCUGGCAAUCCUACCUCCAGUUGAGAUGUGCUCACUUUUUUUUUUGUCAUUUCAAAAGUUUAUUGAGAAUUAGCAAAGUUAUACAUAAUAUAGAUUGUCAGAACUGAGUAGCGUUGAUAAUCUUUUCUCAUAUAGUUGGUCCAUUUGAUUCUAGUUCUUUCAAUGGAAAAGAUCUUUACUUUAAAUAUUUUGUAUGACAAUCUAAUUUGCACAAUUUUCAUUUUCAGGUUCUUGAGUUCUGUAACUGAUGUGCUCACUUUUACUACAAGACUGGCCAUGUUUGGUUUGAAAGGCUGGGGGCCUAAUUCUAACUUGUCCUUGGACUAGAAAGCUUGAGAGUAAAGGUCACGUACCGGUUGGUGCUGAUCACGAGCACUGAUUUAGGAGAUCCGCAGUAUGCAUAUGUGACCAUUGUCUAGCAACAUCCUACUAAGACCUGGGCUAAGAGUGUGGCAUGGGAGCAUGGAAUUAGUACAGAGGGAGGAAUUGGGGUGGUUAAUUCAGCUACCUAAAAUAAAAGCCUUUGCUCUUUUUUUUUCUGUUUGUAUGGAUAAUACCUAGUCAGAUCUCAGAAGCCAGAGAGGAAGCUAUAUAAAGUUGCUAGGCAGGGGGAACUUCUGUGACCUUCAGAGUUCUUUCUCUUUCCCAUGACUAACAAAGCCAAAAUUACAGACAUUGCAAAUAAGAAAAAUGCAAAAUGAUACUAUUUAUAGAAUGUAGUCUUUCUUAUAAGUACAGAGUACUUAAGCCAGAUAUAGAGGCAGGCAUAGGGAUUGUAUAGAGUGGCCACUGUUCCCGGUCCUCUUUCCUCUGGCUCAGGCUGAAACGGUAGCAAACUGUAGCUGCAAACAAAAUUUCUGUCCCACUUUCCAAUUCAAAAUCAUUCACUAAACUGUUCCCAUUAUUUCUGUUUAAUGAGUAUUAAAUCCAAAUGGCAUGUUUUGCAAACCGUCCCUGACACGCAUCAAUUUCUCUUUCUCAACAAUUUUUCACAGCCAUUUGCAAAAAGGCAGUAAACUUUUUGUAACCAGGGAGGUAAGCACCAAGAAGAACACCUGCUGCUAAAAUGAUGGGAUUGAUUUGACUUGAUCCACUCACACAUAGUUAACCAGUAAGACCAGGACGUGGAUUGUGAUGUGCAUCCAGCACAGAUGCUGCCAUUCUGUCCUGCAUUACUUUUGGUGGGAUGUGUUUUUGGCUGUAAAGCCCAAAAAUUACAUUCUGCUCUGACAAGUCAUCCAUGUACUAGUGACCGAUUUGACAAGCAAACAGUAAUGUUACUGGCAUAUAUUUCCCAGAAGUCCAUUUUCCAGUUAAGCCACUCAGUAAGGGCAAGAGCAACUAACAAUCAGAGACCUUCAAGUUGGUGAUCCUGUAAACGUUCCUUUUACUCCUGAAGGUUAUCCAUUGAUCUGUGCUCUGCAAUCUUUCGGUUUGUUCCAGUCAUGUGGUAGGAAAAGAAGAGGAACACUCUAGCAGUACCAGGCUUUAUCUAUCAAUCACCCUGUGCAGAGGAGAAAUCAGUGGCUGUGUGUCUGAUGCAUGCUUAAAUGGUGUGCUUAAGAUUGUAGGAGGUCUGACAGAUAUUUUUCCCAACUCAAAUGUUGGAGGAGGUGAUAGAUUAUUAGAUUACUUUGGCUGUAGACUGCAGCAUUAAGUCAAGAUAGCUGCCCCACAGCAGCCAUAACCCUGGGUCAGAUCCUUCCAAGCAUCAGUUAUCAAUCUUGUGUGUCCUUCCUUGCUAUUCAUUAUAGGAAUGUUUGAUAGUUCUCCUGAAAGCAUGAGAAAUAGGUGGGUGCUAGUGUGCCAGGCUAGUGCAAAGUAAGUGGAAGAGAUAAGAGUUACAGUAUUUUGGCAAUGAAGAUAGAUGCAAGGCAGGCAGUUUAAUUUAGUCCCAUGAUCUACACCAGAGUCUUUUUAGUGGUCACUUCUCCCUUUUACUCAAGUAGAAAAACCUGUCUGGGUCCAAAAUACAACACAUUGUUUCUUCCAGUCCUACCAUCCUAGCUAGUAAGGGAUGAGGUUGACUUCCCACUGCAGCUAAACCUACUGCAUUAUAAAAUGUCAUGUUAUGGAUGUGUGUGUGUGUGGGGGGGGAUCAUCAUGGACUUCAACCUAGGUUAAGAUAGCAACCUGACAUUUUUUUAUCAGCACCUGACAGGGGGAUUCACAGGAGGACACCCUUGCCCAAGCCCUAGGCCUGCAGCAGCCAUGUAUUGAGCUAGGACCAGUGGCCAGAAUGUUUCUAUCCCUGUGUCACACAGAAAUUCAAUUUUCAGGUUCUUUUCCCUACUCUUCCCACCACCCCAAGAACACAACCUAUAUUAAGAGUGAGCUUGAGAAAGAAAAACAGAAUGAGGUUGAGGUGGUCAUGGACACACUAUAGAGGUCCCUAAAUAUUGUGAAGUGUUGGGUGGACUUUCAUCAUGAAGUGCCUAUUAAAGGUGAUAUACUAUCAAUAGUAGAUGGAUUCUAGAAUACUUUAGUUUAGCCAGGCAAACUCAUGAUUAGCCAGUAAUGUACCUACUCAGUAUCUGGAUGAUGCAGUUAUUGGGGGAGAGAGAUAUUUUUUCCCAUCUGUUAAUGCACCUCUAUGGUAUUCUAGGGAACUGCUGCUGACUAAGCAGCUGGAUUGACUGCUUCCAAGGGCGUAGCAUAAAGUGUGGGGUCAGCCUGCCCAUGUAGGUCUCUUGAUCUAAUAGUUGUUGGUUUUCUAGUCUGGAGGGGGUCCCACUCUCCCCCGAGGAUUAGAUUGCAGUGUCACAAGUAGACAGAUGACUCUCAACAAUAUCAAACUGUGGGAUGGUACUUUUGCUCCCUAAGGACAUAAUGUGAACAAAUUAGACAACCUGGUCAAAUGGGAGUUUAACUGGAAUCCAGUCUGUGCUGGAACAAUUCCACUCCCUAACAAUUCAAGUUCACAGCUUGGGGCACUUUUUGAUCAAAUGCUAAUUCUGCAUGUCCAGUGGGUAGUGUAGAAUGCCUUUUACCAGCUUCAGCUGAUUCACCAACUGUGCCUUCCCUGGACAAAAAAAGGGAACUUAACCACACUAAUUCAUGGCUUAAUACAAUCUUAGAUUACUGUAAACACUCUCAGCAAAUCUGAAAAGCGUCUAGAAAUUAUGGCUACUUCAAAAUGAAAUCACCCUCACAAUACAGAGAGCCAUGGGAAACAUAAGAGUUGUGUUUGCUGGCUUCUGUUUGGUUUCUGGACUCAGCUGAAAGCCCUGGUGUUGACUGAUAAGGCCCUCACUAAUUCAGACAUACAUACGGUUGUGUUUCUCAAAGAUCUUACUGAAAGGCAGCAAGAGGAGGGCCAGAGCCUUGUCAGCAAAAGUAUUAAAGUUAGAAGCUCUUUCUGACCUUUCAUGCCUUGAACAAAAGGCAGCUUUGUUCUGGCAAUCAUAUUCUCAGGAAAUAGCUUCUGGUUCAAUUUUGUUCUCUUAUUGAUUUUAUUUGUGUUUUAUCUGCUUUUAAUGCUUGUACUAUGACUUAAUUAUUGAGAGUCACCUUGGAGAGUUGAUUCAAAAUUAAUAAAAUUUGAAGGGCUCCUCUAA